GAUUUCAUGGUUGCGAAAUAAGCAGAAGAUAAGAUCGUUGUGUUUAUAUAUUGCUUACAUUAUUUCACUAUUUUCAACGAGUAAAUGGUUAAAACCUUAAUUUUGUAUUUUCACCGUUUUGUUAAAAGUGCCUAACAUUUUACAUUCUUAGAAGGUCAGUUGCUAAAUCUUACCAAGGCAAAUGCUAAAGCCGCCAAGAAAAUCCCAUACGCCUCUUAAUUAUCCGUUGUAUCCUUUUAGACCAAACCACUCACCCCCUACUUCAAGUCCAAUUAAGCUCUUAAAAUUAUCAGCCGAUACGAAAAACCUCAAAUUUGGUGAAAUCAUCCAUGCCCAUUUGAUCAUUACUAAUCAAACCACCCAAAACAAUGCAAUUGAGGUUAACUCCUUGAUAAAUUUUUAUGCUAAAUGCAAUGAGGUUUCGAUUGCUCGCAAACUGUUCGAUAAUAUGCUUCAAAGAAAUGUGGUCUCCUGGAGUGCGUUGAUGACUGGGUAUUUACGUAAUGGGUUUUCUUUAGAAGUGAUUAGGUUGUUGAAAGAUAUGAUUUUGGAUGAUAAUGUAAGUCCAAAUGAGUAUAUUUUUGCUAUUGCUUUGGCUUCUUGUUCUGAUAGUGGAAGAGUCAAGGAAGGUCAACAAUGCCAUAGUUAUGUAUUGAAGUCUGGGUUAGUUUUUCAUCAAUAUGUGAGGAAUGCUCUUUUGCAUAUGUAUUCGAAGUCCUACACUGUUAAAGAGACUAUGCGGGUUUGGAAUUUAGUGCCUGGAAAUGAUGUUUUUGGUUAUAAUUCUGUUUUGAGUGGAUUCUUGGAAAAUGGUUAUCUGAAAGAAGGUUUAGAUGUUCUGAGCUGGAUGGUGAAAGAGAAUGUGAAGUGGAAUAGUGUUACUUAUGUUAAUGUUUUUGGGCUUUGUGCUUGUUUGAAAGAUUUGAGAUUGGGUUUGCAAGUUCAUGGUAAAAUGUUAGUAAGUGAUGCUGAAUGUGAUGCAUAUGUCAGUAGCACGAUAAUUAAUAUGUAUGGAAAAUGUGGAGAAGCUGUAAAUGCAAGAAAAGUUUUUGAUGAGUUACAAAGUCUAAAUGUAGUGCUGUGGACAACGAUUAUUGCUGCUUAUUUCCAAAAUAGGUGCUUUGAGGAAGCAUUGAAUUUAUUUCCAAGAAUGAAACUUGUUUCAACACCAAACGAGUUUACUUUUGCUGUGCUACUGAAUGCUAGUGCAGGAUUGUCUGCUUUAAGACAUGGGCAUCUGUUACAUGCAUGCGCAGAGAAGUCAGGUUUUAAGGAUUAUGUCAUUGUGGGGAAUGCUUUGAUCAAUAUGUAUGCAAAAGGUGGCAAUAUUCAAGCAGCAAACAAAGUAUUUGCAGAUAUGAUACAUCGAGACACCAUUACUUGGAACGCAAUGAUAUGUGGUUAUUCACAUCAUGGGCUAGGCAAGGAAGCACUUAAAGUGUUGGAAGAAAUGUUAGAUAGAGGGGAGCAUCCUAACUAUGUGACUUUCAUUGGGGUUCUCUCUGCUUGCAGUCAUCUAGGUCAUGUACAGGAAGGUUUCUCCUAUUUAAGUUUAAUGAAAGAGAGUGGUGUUGAACCUGGAUUGGAGCACUAUACAUGUAUUAUUGGCCUUCUCAGCAAGGCUGGAAGAAUUGAUGAUGCUUAUAAUUUUAUGAGGUCUACACCUAUAAAAUGGGAUAUCGUUGCCUGGCGUACUUUAUUCAAUGCUUGUAAUGUUCAUCGAAACUAUGGUUUGGGAAAGCAGAUUGCAGAAUGGGUCUUAGAGAUGGACCCUGAUGAUGUGGGAACAUAUACACUGUUAUCUAAUAUGUAUGCCAAGGCAAAGAGUUGGGAGGGAGUAGUCAAAAUUCGGAAGUUGAUGAAAGACAAACAUAUCAAGAAAGAACCUGGAGUAAGCUGGAUAGAAGUAAGAAGUGUUACCCAUAUUUUUGUUUCAGAAGAUAUUAAUCAUCCAGAACACGUUAAGAUUUAUGAAAAGGUAAAGGAAUUAUUGGCUAUGAUUAAGCCUUUGGGAUAUGUUCCUGAUGUUGACGCAGUACUGCAUGAUGUAGAGGAUGAGCAGAAGGAUCACUAUCUUAGUUAUCACAGUGAGAAGUUGGCCAUAGCAUAUGGUCUUAUGAAAACGCCUUCAGAAGCACCUAUCGUUGUAAUAAAGAAUCUAAGGAUAUGUGAUGAUUGCCACUUGGCCGUGAAACUUAUUUCAAAGGUGACAAAUAGGAGGAUCAUUGUUAGAGAUACCAAUCGUUUCCAUCAUUUUCAAGAUGGAUAUUGUUCUUGUGGAGAUUAUUGGUGAUUAUUAAUGUAUUAUUCAGUUGUACGUAUAAGCAGAAAAUUGCAUUAUUGACAACACACAGAUUGCUGAGACCAAUACCAUAUUAACCUUCCUGCUACACAAAGAUGUUGAGCCUGUUGGAGGUCCCACGCGGCAUGAUAUUAUGUCAUCAAGGUUUAGGCUUUCAGACAAAAAAAGAAAAAAAAUAAAAAAAAAAUGGAACUAGAGUUGUAUUAUCGAUUUUGAGCCAUGGCCGACUCCAUAUUUGCAAGAAAUGAUAAUGGAAGGCUUAACUUUCUUCCAACUUAAAAGUAAAGGAAAUGCUUUCAGCUCAAGAAAGCAGUCAAAGAGGAAAGAUGCUUCAGAGGAAUUUAUCAAGGAAUGGAAUGGAUGAGUAGUUUAUAUAUAGUUUAUACAGCAGGGGGUUUAGGAAGUAUUUAUUGCCUUAAUGUCGGGCGGCAAACAGAAAAUCUAAUAUUGGGAGAAGGUGCAAGAAAAGAAAGGCAGAGAAACGGUCACCUGUCUAUUUGUGCAAAUGAAAGGAAGUUUCUCUGAAUUUUGGUUGAAGUCUAUUUAAAAAGAAAAAAAAAAAAAAAGGGUUAGGCGGGGAUUUUUCAUUUUUGGCUUAUCUACCUGGAAAUAGUAGACAAUUACCAAGAAUAUGUCUAUGCCCUUCUCAGUGGAUUUCUCAGUUGACUGAAAUCUGUACACUUAUAUUUAAAUUGGAAUUUCUUGGAAAGCAGAAAAAUAGUGGACUAUUCACUCUUUUUCA